AUGGACACAGAGCUGAUGGAGGGCAGCAAGACAGUCCAAGUUUAUCAAGUGUUACACCAGAAAGCCACACUGGGCUCCAGAAGUCUCAAGUGUCAGAAGCUGGCUUGGAGGAGGGUACGCCCAUGCACCCAUAUACAGCGGGUGGAAGAGGUGCUGGCAGCAGUGGAGCAGCAGCAGCAGGAGGAGAAUGAGGAGGAGGAUGGCUUCGUGGACGUGUGUGGCAGCGGGCUGCUGAUCUAUGGGGAGAUGCACGAGAAGCUCUUCCAGCAUCAGCGCGAAGGAGUCGCCUUCCUGUUCCGCCUACACCGGGAGGGCCGGCCCGGCGGCAUCCUGGCCGACGACAUGGGCCUGGGCAAGACCAUCCAGGUGAUCGCUUUCCUCUCAGGCAUGUUUGAUGCCGAGCUCAUCCGACACGUCCUGCUCAUCAUGCCCACCACCCUGAUCAGCAGCUGGCUGGCUGAGUUUGCCCGCUGGACCCCCGGCCUGCGCGUCAAGGAGUUUCACGGCGCCAGCAAGACGGAGCGCAACAGGAAUCUGGAGAAGGUCCAGCGGAGGAACGGCAUUGUCAUCACCAGCUACCAGAUGCUCAUUAACAACUGGAAGCAGCUGGCCAGUAGCAACGAGCAGGAGUUUGUGUGGGACUAUGUCAUCCUGGAUGAGGCCCACAAAAUCAAGUGCCCGUCCAACAAGACGACCAAGUGUGUGUAUGCCAUCCCUGCCAGGCAUCGCCUGCUCCUCACGGGCACCCCCGUGCAGAACAACCUGCGAGAGAUGUGGUCCCUGUUUGACUUUGCCUGCCAAGGAUCCCUCCUGGGGACAGCCAAGACCUUUAAAAUGGAGUAUGAGAAUCCUAUCACCAGGGCAAGGGAGAAGGACGCAACACUGGGUGAGAAAGCGCUGGGGCUAAAGAUGUCAGAGAACCUAAUGACCAUCAUAAAGCCGUAUUUCCUCCGGAGAACCAAGGAAGAUAUCAAAACCAAUCUUGCUGACAAGCCAGAUGCUUCGCCUCCCGAGGAGCCUGGCGACAGCAGCGCUCCUGUCAUGCCUUCCCUCACCAGGAAGAACGACCUUGUGGUGUGGGUGUACUUGUCACCGGUGCAGGAAGAAAUCUACAGGAACUUUCUCUCACUGGACCACGUGAAAGAAGUGUUGAUGACGACACGAUCCCCUCUGGCUGAGCUGACCGUCCUGAAGAAGCUGUGCGACCACCCCAGGCUUCUGCCGGUGAGAGCCUGCAUCCAGCUGGGCCUGGAGGAGCAGGAACACUUGGAGCAGGAGCCCGGGAGCAAGGAGGGGAUGCCUUCAGCCGCCAAUAAAAUCGAUCACCUCUCGGACGAGACCCUGGUUCAGGAGUCCGGGAAAGUGCUGUUCCUGGUGGGGCUGCUGGAGAGGCUGCGCGAGGAGGGGCACCGCACGCUGGUGUUCUCGCAGUCGAGGAAGAUGCUGGACAUCAUCGAGCACGUCCUGGCCCGCCGGCAGUUCAAGCUGCUGCGCAUCGACGGGACGGUCACCCACCUGACGGAGCGGGAGAAGCGCAUCCGGGAGAGUCAGAACCUCCAACAGAAGCAGUGUUCCCCUCUGCAUUCAGGCAGCCUGGCUGAGGCAAGCCACAGCCUGGCUGGGCACCACCAGCAGUCCUUUGAUGAGUCAGGGAUGGCUGAUGAUCCCCAAAGAGAUGUAGAAAUGUCAUGUGAGGUGCUUGACCCACAUGCUGCCUUGGGGGUGGAGAAGGAUGAUGGUGCUGAGGGGGCUGUAGCUCCUGAGCUGGCUCCAUCUCCUGCAGGGCCAAGUUUAUCAAAUGUUACACCAGAAAGCCACACUGGGCUCCAGAAGUCUCAAGUGUCAGAAGCUGGCUUGGAGGAGGGUAUGUCCAUGCUUUCUCUCCAGGAUCAAGUUGACUUCAAUCUGUUCUUGGAAGAUUCUGAAGAUGAAUGUCAAGAUGGCUCAAGGAGGGAAAGAUCACCAGAGCACCCAGAAAAGGGGGUCUCCCAACUAAAACCAGAAAGCUUUGUUGACUCUCCAACCAAAACAUCUCCAUCCAAAGCCUGGCCAAGUGCGGCUGGUGACUCUGGCAAGCUCCAUCACCCAGCUGAAGAGCCAAGCUCCCCAGAAGGGAGUGAGGCAUCAGAGGCAAGGGGUGUUAACUUUGCUGCUGGUAGAAGGAGGCAUGCACAAAGAAUUGCUUCAGAUAGUGAGGAGGAAGAUGAUUCUGUUAUGAUCUUGGAGGAAAGCCAGGCUGGAUGAAAGGCACCA